AUGGACCUGUUCGCACUGGCACUGGUGCUUGAACUCGCAGAGUGGUGGAUCCAUAGUUCUUGCCUCAGCUUCAGUGACGGGACCGAAAAGACAUAUGACAUGGAUUCCAGCACUGAGCCCUUUGCCUCGAUGACAUAUCUGCGCAUGAGUGAAGCAGUGGGAAUUGAUGCAGAGGCUGUGAUCCAAUCCUCGCCGAUCGACAGGCUCUCGAGCUUCACCUUCGAACCCGAACCAUUCGGCUGCCAAAUCGUCGAACUGGCUGAGCACCAUCCAGAAAUAGUCCUGUCGAAUUCGUCCGCAAGGAGCCCCAACAGGAAGUUUUGGAGCUCUUGGAGCAGUGUGCUGUAG